CGUCAGUGCGUGAUAUCCCUCCGCGUGAGAGAACCGCGCGCUCCUUUCCCUCGCGAACGGGCGGCGUUUCUGCGAGCUGCGGCCGUUAGCAUUUCCUGCACCGUCCGAGCAGAUCUCAAACGAAUCUAACCGAGCCCAGCCGAACCCGCCCUGUGCCUGCCUCAGAUCGGGCUCCGGGGAACCAGAACAUUCGCUGUUACCGAACCUGACCGAAGUGAAGAGCGGCGGCAGUAGGAGCAGCCGGGCCACAGGAUGGAGCUCAUCACUAUCCUGGAAAAAACCGUCUCUCCGGAUCGGAAUGAGCUGGAGGCGGCGCAGAAGUUCCUGGAGCAGGCGGCCAUAGAGAACCUGCCCACCUUCCUAGUGGAGCUGUCCAAGGUGCUGGCCAACCCUGGGAACACGCAGGUGGCUCGUGUCGCAGCGGGUCUGCAGGUGAAGAACUCCCUGACCUCCAAAGACCCCGACGUGAAGACGCAGUACCAGCAGAGAUGGCUGGCCAUCGACGUCAACGCCCGCCGCGAGAUCAAGAACUACGUUCUACAGACUCUGGGCACGGAGACCUACCGGCCCAGCUCGGCGUCGCAGUGCGUUGCCGGCAUCGCCUGCGCAGAGAUCCCGGUGAACCAGUGGCCCGAGCUGAUCCCGCAGCUGGUGGCCAACGUCACGGACCCGUCCAGCACCGAGCACAUGAAGGAGUCCACGCUGGAGGCCAUCGGCUACAUCUGCCAGGACAUCGAUCCCGAGCAGCUGCAGGAGACGGCCAAUCAGAUCCUGACGGCCAUCAUCCAGGGCAUGAGGAAGGAGGAGCCCAGCAACAACGUGAAGCUGGCCGCCACCAACGCGCUGCUCAACUCGCUGGAGUUCACCAGAGCCAACUUCGACAAAGAGACGGAGAGACACUUCAUCAUGCAGGUGGUCUGUGAAGCCACGCAGUGCCCCGACACCAGGGUGCGCGUGGCGGCCCUGCAGAACCUGGUGAAGAUCAUGUCCCUGUACUAUCAGUACAUGGAGACGUACAUGGGACCGGCUCUGUUCGCGAUCACCAUCGAGGCGAUGAAGAGCGACAUCGACGAGGUGGCGCUGCAGGGCAUCGAGUUCUGGUCCAACGUCUGUGACGAGGAGAUGGACCUGGCCAUCGAGGCCUCAGAGGCCUCGGAGCAGGGACGCCCCCCCGAGCACACCAGCAAGUUCUACGCCAAGGGCGCACUGCAGUACCUGGUGCCCAUCCUGACCCAGACGCUGGCCAAACAGGACGAGAACGACGACGACGACGACUGGAACCCCUGCAAGGCGGCGGGCGUGUGUCUGAUGCUGCUGGCCACCUGCUGCGAGGACGACGUGGUUCCGCACGUCCUGCCCUUCAUCAAGGAGAACAUCAAGAACCCGGACUGGCGGUACCGGGACGCCUCCAUCAUGGCGUUCGGCUCCAUCCUGGAAGGGCCCGACCUCAACCAGCUCAAGCCGCUCGUCAUACAGGCCAUGCCCACCCUGAUCGAGCUGAUGAAGGACCCCAGCGUGGUGGUGAGGGACACCACCGCCUGGACCGUGGGCCGCAUCUGUGAGCUGCAGCCGGAGGCCGCCAUCAACGAGGUCUACCUGGCCCCCCUGCUGCAGUGUCUGAUCGAGGGCCUGGGGGCCGAGCCCCGCGUGGCCUCCAACGUCUGCUGGGCCUUCUCAUCGCUGGCAGAGGCGGCGUACGAAGCCACGGACGCCGCCGAGGACCAGGAGGAGCCCAGCACCUACUGCCUGUCCUCCUCCUUCGAGAUCAUCGUCCAGAAGCUCCUGGAGACCACAGACAGGCCCGACGGCCACCAGAACAACCUGCGCUCGGCCGCCUACGAGGCCCUGAUGGAGAUCGUGAAGAACAGCGCCAAGGACUGCUACCCCGCCGUCCAGAAGACCACGCUGGUCAUCAUGGAGCGGCUGCAGCAGGUCCUGCAGAUGGAGUCUCACAUCCAGAGCACCUCGGACAGGAUCCAGUUCAACGACCUGCAGUCGCUGCUCUGCGCCACGCUGCAGAACGUCCUGCGGAAAGUCCAGCACCAGGACGCCCUGCAGAUCUCGGACGUGGUGAUGGCGUCCCUGCUGAGGAUGUUCCAGAGCACGGCGGGCUCCGGCGGCGUCCAGGAGGACGCGCUGAUGGCCGUGUCCACGCUGGUCGAAGUUCUGGGCAGCGACUUCCAGAAAUACAUGGAUGCCUUCAAGCCUUUCCUGGGCAUCGGACUGAAGAACUACGCCGAGUACCAGGUGUGUCUUGCUGCGGUGGGCCUGGUGUGCGACCUCUGCAGAGCUCUCCAGUCCAACAUCCUGCCUUACUGCGACGAGAUCAUGCAGCUCCUGCUGGAGAACCUGGGGAACGAGAACGUCCACCGCUCGGUGAAGCCUCAGAUCCUCUCUGCGUUCGGAGACAUCGCUCUGGCCAUCGGAGGAGAGUUUAAGAAGUACCUGGACAUCGUGCUGGACACCCUGCAGCAGGCCUCCCAGGCUCAGGUGGACAAGACGGACUACGACAUGGUGGACUACCUGAACGAGCUGCGGGAGGGCUGCCUGGAGGCCUACACCGGCAUCAUCCAGGGCCUGAAGGGGGACCAGGAGAACGUCCACCCGGACGUGAUGCUGGUGCAGCCGCGCGUGGAGUUCAUCCUCUCCUUCAUCCACCACAUCGCCGAGGACGAGGACCACUCUGACGGGGUGGUGGCCAACGCCGCCGGACUCAUCGGCGACCUGUGCACGGCCUUCGGGAAGGACAUGAUGAAGCUGGUGGAGAUGCGUCCGCUCAUCAAUGAUCUUCUGACGGAGGGCCGGCGCUCCAAAAUCGUCAAGACCAAGACGCUGGCCACCUGGGCCACCAAGGAGCUGCGCAAGCUCAAGAGCCAAGCCUGAUUGCUGCGGUCCGGACUCGGAGCGACGUGAGAUCAGUGAAUCGUCUGGAAUGAACUCUUCUGUGUUUGUCGCAGCGUUGGCUGAAGCAGAAGAAGUGACGUGAGAUGAAGUGAGAUGAGUGUCUGUGUGAGCGCGAGAGAUGAUGACAUCACACCACCUUCAGUUCCAGCUGGCGACCCCCCCCCCUUCCUUCCUCCCUCCUCCUCUUCCUCCUCCUUCCUCCUGGACGGCCUGUGGACUGGACUCUGACUCCCCCCUUAGAGAAGCAAACCCCUCCUUCGCCCUCUCGCCGUGUAGCUGGCCCCUCGUAUGACAUCAUGAUGACGUCACAGACCCGCCACCGCCCCCAACACUCGGGGAGGGGGGGAGGAGGGGAAGAAACUUACAGACUUUUGUGGAAUCAGAUUAACGAGCGACUUUGUGGACUUCUUCUGUGGAAAACUUUCGAUUUUUGUUGCUCUUAUUUUUCUUCUUCUGAGCACUAAAACGGAGACACGCCGGCGGCCAAACGGCUCCGCCCGCUCCGUCUCCGGCGCUCUUACCCGGCGAGAGCAGCGCUGAAGCCCUUCAGAGUAAAAGCUGGGCGCUGCGGAGCGAGUGCCAAAUGGGAAUAGUUUUAGCUGAAGGCCUGUGAGCUGCUUCACGUUGAUUUCCCCGCUGCACUUGGGUUGGGAACGGGUCACUCACCGUUUAUGCUUGUUUCAAAGAUUUCAGAAAAUUGAAGACGUUUGUAAAAGGUUCUAUUUUUCCAUUGCUAUGGUGAGAAAAUAACGUUAAAAACAAUAAAAUGAUAUGAAACAUUCCCCGAGCAGUUCUGGUGAUUUCGCUCUUCUUCUGGACUCAAAUCGUUCUGGACUCUGAUUGGAAGCUGAACUCUGGCGCCUCCUGCUGGCGGCCUGUUUACGCAGCGCCACAAAGAACCACCACCUCUCUUGUUUUUGUUCUUUUUUCUUUUUCUUUUUUUUUUUCUAACUUGCGCUCCUCUGUGCUGGGCUUGCUGCUGCUGUGAGCGCGCUCAGUGCGGUCCGACCGCAGCGCUGAAAGUCGGCUUUUAUUUUGUAAAGACGCAGCAGCUGUAGGGAGGAUGGACUUCCUGUGUUGACAUGAUGAACCUGGAAACUCAGUUAUUACUGAAUUGUGAAUGAUUUCAAACCAAUCUGCUUUUUAUUUCAUAUUAAACUUUAGUGAACUAAUAAAGUCUAUAUUGUACUGAACCUCCUGCUGCUUGUUCUGAGUUCUGGUCGGGGAACGCUGGAGGAGAGGAACCUCCACAGGAGGAGAAGCUGCAGAGGUAAGCUGCCAGAGAGCAGUGGAGUCUUCUCAGCGUAAUGGUUGGAGUACAAUUAGCACAAAGUGUAAAAACAGUUAAAAUUGUGCUUAAAUAAAAAUCUCCAGGAU